AUGGUCCUCCACAACCCCAACAACUGGCAUUGGGUCAACAAGGAUGCCUCGGCCUGGGCGAGACAGUACCUUGAGGAGAGCUUGGCGAAAGUCGAGACUACCGAUAGCGGUGUCACGGCAAAGAUUAGCAAGGUUGUGAGCAUGGAUGGCGACGUCGACGUUAGCCAGAGGAAGGGAAAGGUCAUCACCAUUUACGAUGUUAAGCUCGUUCUAGAAUACACCGGCACCACUGCCGACGAGGCUGAGGUCUCUGGCACCAUCACCGUUCCUGAGGUCGCCCACGACACUGAGGAGGAUGAGUUUGUGUUUGACAUCGACAUCUACUCCGACUCCAAGGAGAAGCAGCCUGUCAAGGACCUCGUCCGCUCCAAGCUCGUGCCGGAGCUCCGCAAGGAGUUCCUCAAGCUGCCCGGAGCCUUGAUCGCCGAGCACGGCAAGGACAUCCAGCAUGCCCCCGGAUCCAACCCGUCCAGCGGCUUCUCGACCCCCAAGUACCAGGCACAGAACACGACGGCCAAGUCCACCACCGCCUCGACCAGCGUCAAGGGUAGCUCCGGCAAGGUCGUCAACACCAUGACCCUGACCGACACCGCCGAGUUCCGCACCACGGCCGAGGAGGCAUACCAGACCUUUGUCGACCCCGCCCGCAUCGCCGCCUUCACCCGCGCGCCGCCCAAGGUCUUCCAGGGCGCCAUCAAGGGCGCAAAGUUUGAGCUGUUUGACGGAAACGUCACGGGCGAGUACCUCGAGCUCAGCGCCCCCAAGAAGAUUGUCCAGAGCUGGCGCCUGAAGCAGUGGCCCGAGGGCCACUUCUCCAAGCUCAGCAUCGAGUUUGACCAGAACGACGUCGACCACGUCACGCUGAUGCGUGUCAACUGGGACGGCGUCCCUGUGGGCGAGGAGGAGGCCACGAAGCGUAACUGGCAAGAGUACUACGUCAACAGCAUCAAGCGCACAUUUGGGUAUGUCUCUACAAAUUCGGCACCAUUCUUGGAAGAACUUCCUGCAGGCGACUGGCUGACACGCACAAACGGUAUGGAGAGUUCUGCGGCAUGCAUCAUUAGAUCCUCAGACUGGCUUUACAAGCCCUGA